AUGGACGACUUCGGAGUUUAUGCCGUUAUAGGACUCGACAAUCCUCCUCAAAGGCUUCUCUGCCCCAAAGGAACUUGUCGAACGUCGCUUGCCGUACCUCCAAGCGCCCGCCAGGUGGUGCUGUUCACAAAUGGACCCUGGGGGGAGCGGGUCUGCGUCAAUGCAGAACUUAAUGAUGCUGACAGGAUGCCAUUCAUAGGAAAACUGACUCCCUAUAACAAAUGUCUGUCCUGGGAGCAGUGGGAAGAGGAGGCCUGGACAGACGAGGUGACCCUCAGCAUCACGUUGGAGGGAGGAAACCUGGUGAAAGCAGUUUUCUCUGAGCCAAAAAUCACUGUGGCCAUUAAAGAAAACACUCCAAAGUGCACCACGGCCCCCCCUGCUGCCCGGGAGGUGAAGGGCAAGAGGAAGAGGGGACGACAGGCUGUGGAGGAGGAAGAGGAAGAGCUACAAGACGAGAGAGCCACGAAGAGAGGGGAGCAGCAGCAGCAGGAGGGGGAGGAGGAGAAUGUGUGUCCUAAUGGCCGCUCUGAGAAGAAGACUCCCCCCGGGAGAAAGGUCAGGGGUCACGGCCAGGCGGGACCGAGGCUGUUGGAAGACGACCCCGCCAGGAUGAAGACGGAAGCCAAUGGGACGGCGGAGGUGAAGGGCAUUGUGGGUAAAACGCCCCCACACAGAGCUGGCAAGCCGAGAGGCCGACCGGCCAAGGCUCCCACGCAGAGCAUAACGCUGGCCAGCCCGUCAGGUCGCUGGGGUCAUACCAUGUGUCCCAUCGACGCCCAGACAGCCAUUGUGAUUGGAGGACAGGGAGCGCGCAUGCAGUUCUGCAAAGACCCCAUGUGGAAGCUCUGCACAGAGGAUGUGUCGUGGCUGGCGGCGGAGACGCUGGCGACCGGCCCCACCUUCGAGGGCCGGACCGGCCACACCUCCGUCUACGACCCCGUCUCGGGACGCAUCUUCGUGUUCGGCGGCUCCAAGAACAAGAAGUGGUUUAACGACGUCCACAUCCUGGACACGCACAGCUGGAGGUGGACCAUGGUGGAGGCCCAGGGUAAGGUGCCCCCUCUGGCCUACCACAGCUGCAGCUUGUUCGGGGGCGAACUAUUUGUGCUGGGAGGGGUGUUCCCCCUGCCACACCCGCAGCCCGACGGCUGCAGCGACUCCCUGUACAUCUUCGACCCCUACCGCUCCAUCUGGUACCAGCCCAUCGUCACGGGCGACAAGCCCUCCCCCCGCUCUGGUCACUCAGCGUGUGUGAUGCAGAAGAGGUUGAUCUAUGUGUUUGGGGGCUGGGACACCCCCGUCUGCUACAACGACAUGUACACACUAGACCUGGGACUCAUGGAGUUCUCUGCUGUGAAGACUACUGGGAAAGCCCCCUCACCCCGCAGCUGGCAUGGCAGCGUGGCCCUCUCUGACACCCAGUUCCUCAUCCACGGCGGGUACAACGGACACACCGCUCUCAACGACGCCUUCAUCUUCGACAUAGACACCAGCUGCUGGUCAGAGGUGAGCCUCCCCGAGUUCUCCGUGCCCAGAGCCGGCCAUUCCAUCAUCUCCAUGGCGAUGGCCGCUGACGGGCGUUGGGGCGGCCAAUCGACCGGGGCGGUGGCGGAGGAGGAGGAGGAGGAGCAAGGGGGCGGGGCCUCCCGGAGCCUCCUGGUAUUUGGGGGCGGGGACAACGAGGGCAAAUUCUACUCUGACCUGAUGGUGGUGUCUAUUGAGGAGCUGCUGGGGACGGUCGAGAAUAGUUAGUUUAACCAAUAAGAGAGAGACACUCUUCCAUUAUGGGCUGAAGAGUUCCUUUAUUUUUCUGUUCUCCAUAUUUUACCUGCAAAGUUUUAUUUCAGUCUAUUUAAUUUAAAGUUGUUUUUUUAAAUGUAUAUGUCGGAAGAAUAUAUAUAUUCUGUUUUUUGAGGAUUUUUUCAUACAAUGCAAGAUAAUAACCCUACGAAUCGGAUCAACCGUAAUAAGUGUGGAAGAUAAGAUGUCUGUUAAGUAUAUUUCAGUACCACUGAUUUAUCAAAGGACAUUUAUAAUGCUACAACUUUACCUCUGUUCAACUUUUCUGACUGUACUUAGUUUGCUGUGUUUUCUAUUAAAAACAAACGUUUUUUUCUCUGUUGCUAUGAGGGAAAUCGAUUUUCUUGUGUUUGCUCUAUUACCAUGAUGUUUUGUACGGUAUAAUUGUUUGAUCUUUUCAACAUCCCAGUAAAGUUACGUUUUCUAAAUUGA